AUGGUCAAACCUGUCCAUGCAGCUUUCCAGUAUCUGAAGGAGACCUACAAGGAUGCCGGAGACAGGCUCUUCAUCAGAGACUCUAGUGAUAGGACAAGGGGUAAUGAGUUCAAACAUAAACAAAGGAAGUUCAGGAGCUGCCGUGGCUGCAGUCUGGAGGCAGAGAGCAAAAUGCUGGAGAAGAUUCAGAAGGCGCUCACGAUUCGUAGUGUCACCAUCAGGGAGAUGCUGGCAGAAGCGCUGGGGAUGUACAUCCUCAUGGUCUUUGGCCUGUCUUCUGUGGCACAAGUGGUAUUAGGAAGACAAAACUUUGGGCAGCAUCUGAGCAUCAAUUUGGGAUUUGGCAUUGGUGUUACCUUGGGCAUCCAUGCGGCUGGAGGAAUCUCUGAAGCUCAUCUGAAUGCUGCCAUCACCAUCACACACUGCAUUUUAGGAAGUCUCCCUUGGACAAAGCUCCCGGCUUAUCUGAUCGGCCAGUUCCUGGGCUCCUUUACAGCAGCUGCCACUGUCUUUGGCCUCUACUAUGAUGCUCUGCACGAAUACACCAAGGGGAACUUCACAGUGACAGGACCUACGGCCACGGCGUCGAUCUUCUCCACCUACCCUGCUCCCUAUAUGUCCUUGCCGGGAAGCUUCUUCACAGAGUUUCUAGCAACAGCGAUGCUGCUCCUGGGCAUUCUGAUCAUCCACGAUGAGAAAAACAACGGGGCCCUGAAAGGCACACAAGCCCUGCUCACGGGUAUCCUUGUCCUGGGCAUCGGCCUGGGGAUGGGGAUGAACACAGGCUAUGCCAUAAACCCCUCCCGGGACCUGCCUCCCAGGAUCUUCACAGCAAUUGCUGGCUGGGGAACUGAUGUCUUCACGGCUGGACAUCACUGGUGGUGGGUCCCACUCACAGCACCGAUUCUGGGAAGUCUGGCUGGUGUUUUCAUCCACAAAAUCUUCAUUGAUUUUCAUAAUCUACCUGUCACAGGAAGUGAGAAUGAGAAAGGACAGAGAACGGUGGAGGUUUCUACGCUGUGA